CUUUUCCCACCCACAAGAACAGCAUAGCGCAAUAUGCACAUAUCCUAUCUCCGCAAGCGCGCGCGCCUGGGGCACAGCCCCACUACAUAUCCUCACAUAGCUCUAACAUAUGGAAGCAGAAAUCGACAAUAUCAUCGACUCGCUGAUCGAAAGCGACCGGACAGUGUUUGGCGUAGUAGUCACGGACGACAGCGGGCUGUGCUUGGCAACCAGGGGCGACAACAUCCCGGAGGAGGCAGCCGGGCUGGUGGCAGCCAUUGCCAACCGGUCAGAGAACUUUCUGUCGCAGCCUAACGCCGAGGUGGUGUAUUCGCCGGUGGCAAAGAUCGAGGCGGAGAACAUGGUUGUUUUGGUGCGGAGAAUCGACACGGUCGUGGUCGGGAUCUUCAAACACCGGGACACAUAGGGCUGGGGGGUUUUCAUUUAGAAACAGGGCUUUUAUGAGGGAAACGAAAAAUGAGAAUGAAGCUUUUAGAUAUCAUCUAUGGACGCUCUACUCCUCGUUGAGGGCAAUGACGGCCAUGAUGGCCAGGCCGACCAGCAUUGCGGCAAUCUCGACCAGGGCCAUGUUCACAUUGCGCUUCAGCCGCAGCUCCUCGCUGACCUUGCUCU